CUUUGUCUUUGGUUCUUUGGGUAUUUGACAUAAAAAAAUAUAAAUUACAAAUGGCGUUUACAUAGAAUAGACAGAUGUGUUCACGGCCACGAUGGGCGAUGAUUCUUUGAUAUUACGAGAAGAUGGUUAUAUACGUAUGAACUUUCCUGUUACUUCUUUAACGUAUCAUAGUAAUUUAAAUAUAAUAUUGGUGAAGACUGACGUAGGUGGUGUACACGUUUUGGAUGUGAACUCUGGUGUGAUCCUCCAGUCUUCUUGUCUGUCAGCGGAUGACGGGGGUACUCUUGGCGUAGAAUAUGCGGUGGGUGCAGAUCGAGUGUUCGUCUGGGACAGUAGCGGCGUGGGCGCCCGUACCGAUUAUAAUGGGGUCCUCCUACUUCACACGGCGUUGCAGCGCCCGCUGAAGCCCUCGAAACCUGAUAAAAUAAUUCGCAUCGAACUUGUUUUGUCUGAGGCCGUGUUGUUGUAUCAAUGUCUACAAAGUCUCGAUGCUCAUUCUAUUGAUGGUCUUACUGAUUUUAUAAAUGAGCUCAAAACCUCCAUUGAUGCUGAACCCGUCCGUGAAGGUUUUAAGGCGCAGAAGUGGAGCACAGUUACUAUCUGUCUGCCACAAUCGACGGUACGUUUGGUGACCACUGGUGUGGUGCAAGAGUUGAAAGGACAAAACCGGCGGAUUCGAGCUCUAGCCAUAGCCUCAGCUGUCGGUCAACGUGCUAAUGAACUAGUGCCACGGACAAGAGAUGAAGAGGCCCGGCCGUUAAUGUACUCUGAAGCAGAGAGGAAAGAGACUUUCAAAAGGUGGCCUCACAUGGACUAUAAAUGGGCAUUACCAGCACGCAUGGCACAGGCUGGUUUCUACCACCAACCAACGCCAAGUGGCGAUGACCGCGCGAUGUGUUUCACAUGUUUGGUAUGUCUUGUGUGCUGGGAAAAAUCGGACGAGCCCUGGGUUGAGCACGAGAGGCAUUCGCCUAACUGCCCCUUCGUGCGUGGCGAAUACACUCACAACGUGCCUAUAUCGGUAUCAAAUGCUACGGCGUGCGCUGUGCCUUGUCCCAACGUGAAGGUGGUUUCCAAAGGCAAUACUGGCGAUCUAAUUGCAUGCGGUACGGUGGAAGGUGGACACAAUAUUGUAAAUAUAUGGAAGUUUGAUUGUGGUCUAAAGCUCGUUAAGUUUAUUCAUCUAUCGCCCUACGACUCCAUCUUCAGCGGUAUUCUAUGUACGGACCUCGACAAAGUUUGGUCAACUGGAUUAGAAAAGGACACAUCUAUAUACGAUUUCGAACUUACAGCGAUGUCGUUUCUGGGCAUAACGUCUCAACAGGAGCAAUAUCCUCAAGCACAAAAUACAGAGAGUUCAGAGAAGGAGAAUACUACGAAUAAAGCGAAACCUUCUCUCGUCUGCGCUAUUACUAUUACAAGAACGAAUUCCCCGCCCUCCAACCAACCCAUCCAAGAGGAUUCUAGUAAAGCUUUGUUUGAUUCUGGUGUAGAUAAAUCUAAACAAAGUGUUCAGGCCAUGAAUGACCAAAAUGAAGCAAAGAGCAAUCAAACACCUACAGAAAAAAUGCUUUUCCUUUUAACAUACGACAUUCACAGUUCUUUAGGCGGCUCGAUUACCACGGUUGUACACACAUCUAAUAGCAGUGGUAAUUCUAAACAUGCCGAUGGUAAAAAGGUGUUCACUGUAGCACGAAAAGAUGAUGCUCAUAUUUAUGACGAAGUUUAUUUUCAAUAUUCGGACGAAGAUACGGAACUUCCUCAAUGCACUAGCAGUUUAAUAGAUGAACAAAUCAGUAACGUAAUAAACUUGAACGCGUCCUCGAGUAAAGAGGAUUGUAAGAUCUGGGAACCUAAAAAGAUUAUUUUUACAAAACAUUCCAAAGUAUUACCUCCUCCCCCGCCAACGGCUCUCUUGCCUGAAUUACCUGAAUCUGGACAAGGCAGCAUGCUUGAUUUUGUAGGUAAAAUCUCACAACUGAAAAGUUGGAAAAGCGGUAACCUUGAGUCUGUUGGUACAAAACUGGCUGAUCAGACUGAUGCGGUCCUCCAUCAAACCGAUCCCAUAACUCACUACCUCAAUAUGAAUGGACCAUUAGAAAUUUCAGACCUUAAAUGGUACGAAGGCGGUGAUGGCACUGAAAAGAUUAAGGUCACAACUUUCGGUGGAACCCAAGUAAAAGCACAAACUGCCGUCAGCAAUAGUAAUAACGAUGGCUUCGAUAGUGAUCCACCACAAGAGGAAGUAACGCAGGCUAUAGCUAUUCAGUGCCUAAGUCUUCCAACAAAACUGAACCUCAAAGAUGAUUCUAAAGUUACACACUUGUUACCUACAGAAGACAAAGAACAUCUGCUGGUAGUAAUAUCCAGUAUAGAACCAGAGAAAGUCAAGGUGGAGGAAGAGAUUGAUGGUGAUGGUGACACAAAGAUGGAUGUUGAUGAAGUCACUGAUCAAAGUGAUAAGGGCAAUUCUGACACUAAGGCCUAUUUCAUUUUAUAUAAAAUUAACAAUAAAACUUCCGUAUUUACUUUGGAGGAUAAUCCAGUUACAGUUAAAGAAUUGCAUUUUAAUGAAAGUCCUGUAGAUUUAUGUUUGUUACCAAAGGAUAAACACGAUCAGUAUUCUUUCGCCGUGGUCGGAGUAGAUGGUAACUUGCGUUUAUAUUCUCUUCCAGACUUCAGGAUGCUUUCUGAAAAACGAGUUCCAAAAGGACAGUUUACUUCCGUUACGUUCUGUGCAUCUGUCGAACGUCUAAGUGUAUCGACGAAGUACGGUAUGAUUUAUUUUUAUGCUCUAAACAACGGAGAAAAAGAUUCCACAGGAGAUGCAGACGAGGAUGAAUUCGCCAAUAUUGAUUUUAACAUGCUACAGAGAGCACCUCGAGACGAAGUAUGUGGACCGACGACGGCUCCCAUCAUUAUCGCUAAUAAGACUGAGUUGGACAUGGGUGAUUUAGAAACGUUGAUAUCGCUAACAGGGUCUUAUGGUACGAACACGACAGUGCCUUAUAGCGCAGUGGUACCCGGUUUCUGGUGCGAACUGUCGCCAGCACAGCGCUCCAGAUCCGAUCAUCAAAAUAAUAGGACAUGGAGGUUGCAAUCCUCGACGUGGGACGAACAUGUCUUGGAGCUGACCCUUCUUUACAGCGUAUCACUAGCCCACAUAGAAUUUGGCUUUACUUUACAUACGGCAUGUUCCACGAACUUGCCCAUAAUUCAAGUCACUCUAUUAAAACAAAAUUUGCAUGGUUUAGGCUAUAAAAAAGACGCCUCGUUUGGCCACAGAUCAGACUCGCCAGUGCAUAUCUCGGUCGAUUCAGAUAAUGCGACCACUUUGGAAAAUCCCGUAAACAGUGAGGAGUAUCUUCAGGCGCACAAUGCUGAAAUACUAGCUGGCCCAUUACUUUUGUCUUCUGGAUUAGAUUUGACACAGCAAUCUGGCACUUUGAUUUUGACAAGUCCUCGUCUUUAUAGAGCGAGAGGUAGAACAUUUUUAAUACACAUAAAAUCUUUAUUUGAUCCUGCUAAAGAUAUGGCAAAGGGCCCGGCGAAGUUGAAUGAUAAUGGUUCAAAGAAAUCUGGCUUCAUAGGGUGCGACUGGCUGCACCAGAUUUCCCUAACUGUACGCGCUAGUCCGCCUACUGAUGUGCCUAUGGAACGACAACAAAGAAUAGCUAUGCUCGAAUCAAACACAUUCCUGAACACGCUCUGUGAGAUAGCUGCUGGAAAUGGCGAUUCCGAAAGACGUAAGCUAGCAUUAGAUUUGUUGAUUUGGACGAUAUCCAUUAGAUUGCAACGUAUGCGUGUUGCGAAAUCAGAGAAAGGAAAAAACAAGGAAGCUAAUAACCCAGUAGAGACACAGCAACUCGAGUGCGUAAAGACUAUAGAGCGACAUACAGAUGUGCUCGUUAAAAAUUGUAUUUUAUGCUCCAAUAGAAGUAUUGCCAAGAAAUGCGUCAAAAUCAUGCUGGUCACUAGCGAGGGCGUGAAACAACUUCCUAAACCAUGGAAAUGCACAUUCGAACAGACAUUAAUGAGCAGUGUCAGUGCAUGUAUUCCAUUCUUGGGUGCAUGUGAGUCGCCUGGUGCGUUGCGCUGGUUAGCAGCUCUAGCACAGCACACAACACAGCGUGCAGGCGCUGCUGAAUUAGUUCGCAACUGCCUCGCUUUGCUCGAGCGUACUGCACGUUGUUUGAGAGAUCGCGCCGAUGUGUACCACCAAUUACUAAGAGCGAGGUAAGUUUUGUACAUCAAGACUGUUUUUAUUGAAUAAUACAUUUAUAUUGUAAAAGACACAAAUUAAGAUAGGAUGAGAUUGUAGAAUAAAAUAUAGACGUAUAAAUGUUACGACAGUAAAAUAAAAACUGAAAACAAUUUUAUUUAAAGUGUUGUGUUAUAUUCUUAUUGAAAAAAACUUAAAAAAUCCUCUCUGUCCCUGGUACUCUGAGACGAGAAUAUGUUACAGUAUAGCAUUG